AUGUUUGAUUCGUGUGCGCAGCAGCAUAGAGCAGACUUGAAGCCGCAAGAGGAUGCUGGCGAGCGGCUAGGAACAUCGCCCGACAGACGUACGAACAGUCGCAUCGACGGGCCACAAGUGCCUGACGUCAAGCUGCGCCGAGCGGUCGGGUCCACUGGAGACUGA